GAGAAACACAAAUUGACAUGCAGGCUUAAUUUAAUUUAUGAACCACAGCAGAGACUGUGAGGCGAAAUGCGCAUAUAUUCGUUUGAUUGAUUACAACAACCUGAAAAUUGCGGAAGGGUCCUGCAGGUUCAGUGUUUUCAUGUUAACCCUUUAGAAACAUGUAGCUAAUGUUCUUCGUUCAAUAACAUUGUCCGAAAUGGUUUAUGGUUACCGUGCUUGCAAAUUCUUGAUACAAAGAAAUGUAUGAUCGGAACUCAAUAAUGCGCUAUACCACAUUAUUUAGGUGUAAAUCAUGAGAUAUUUGGAUCAUGUCAGCCGCUAAAAAUCAGCGGUUCACCUUGAUAUGAUUAGUACUUCUGUUCAUGUGUUGCUUGUCUGGUACUGAGCAGUUCUACAAAGUCAGCAACACUGUAUGCGAAGAUCAAAUACGACCAAAUACACAUAGCAAAAUGUCUCGCCUGCAAAACCUCUAUCAAAACGGAAAACAGCCAAAUGGGGAGAACUCUGCAAAAAAGGAUAACCAGAAAAAUAAUCACUUUCCGUGUUGCUUUCCGUAACUAAGCCAGCCAGACAGACGGAAAAACACGGACACUUCGUCUGUUGCCAUUGCUACUCCUAACGAUAAUAAUAGAUUGGAAACUAAGGGGGAUAAUUUGCACCAAUGUGAUCAUCAUUUAAAUCAUGGCCUCGAGGUUUAUUGCAUGUCCAUGGAGGUAGAACACAUCAGAGUGUACUGACUUUCAUUACAAAACCCUCAGUUUUACUAAUGGCAUUCAAAAGAUUAAAAAUACUGUGACAAAUUGUAGUUCACUCCCUAGCAAGGAAGGGAAGCUUGUAUAAGGCAAAUGCACCUCCCUAAAUAUUAUAAAAACUAUCAGUUGCAAAACUUCAAUCAAGAGAUGUCAGAGAUUGUAACAAGCAAUACCUUGAUACUUUCAAGCUUGGUAAUUCCAACGUACUUGUAACGUUCGCACAUUGUACUAAAAAUUAUCGAAAUAACAAUUUAUUUCAGUGCAAAAAUAUUUGCGUGUUUCUAGACAGGAAUUUUGUGAUAAGGUUUCUAUACUAAGCUAUCUAUUGUCCGUGAUGGGUGAAACCCUAUCGUUGUCUACAAACUUCACUCACUUCAUAGCGAUCUCCACCCUUUUUUCGCAGUAUGUGGCUUCCAAACAACGUCAGCAGUUCCAAAAAUAAGAUCUAAAUACCCAUUUACCAAGCCGCUGCGGGCGUGACGGCGUGAAUGAUGUAAAUCUUGAAACCAAACGUUAAGUAUGUGAAAACUCCUGCGGUAAUGCGUGAAAAGGAAAUGUCCAGGUGUUUAUUACGAUCCAAUGGCUAAUUAUGGAGUUAGUAUUUUGUGUAGUUCACAGCUGAUUCGAUUAUCCAUCACGGAAGGCAGUAUAUAGGCAGUCAAACAAAAUGAUCUUUUCCUAAGGGUAAACAAACUGACAAGAGUAAAGCAAAGGGUUUACCCAGUAAUGCAUCGCAAAAUUCUGCUUAUUUUACGACUUUAUUUUAUUUUUGGUUUAAAAUUCCUCAAAAUGUUACAUUGUUGGCGUGAAACUGGAUUUGUUCAUACGCGAAACUUUCCUUCCUCUUGUAGUAUCCGUAUCGGUCGAUCCAGAUUUGCAGUGUCCGUCGCGACUAACAGCUAGUCAAAUGAUCAGAAUGGAUUUUGUUUAACCGUUAGUUAGAAAGAUUUCCAACAGUUGGAUUUGAGAAUGUAUUGAUCAAGAAAUUGACAAAUAAAUUUGAGAGCUUUGACUGAAGUCACUAAUUUUAAGCUGUAUAUUUUUCGUGCACAGUUAUUCUAAGAGACCAUUCAGAUCGGACGCAUUUGUAUUGUAUUCCUUGUUAGGUUGACGACAGGAUGACGAAUAAAAGGAAACCAGGUUUGUGGAAAUCCCGUCGUAAUAAAAUAUGGCCAAUUAAGGUCGAAUGACUGCGAACACACCCUAAUAAAAAAUGCUUUCUUUUCAUUUUUAUACUUUUUAAGAUGCAAUAAGUAAUAAGAAUAACAACAUUUAGUUUAGUUGAUUAAUAAAUUAAUGGCUGAAAAGGAGAAACUUGCUCGGAUCAUCUCCUGUUUUCUGCGUGGAUUUGCUUUUCUCGCCGCAAUUUCCGGUCAAAAUAUUAGGGACUCGGUUCUACUCGUCUUGCCUCUUCCUGUCGGAAAUUACGAUAACCGGAAGUAAACAACGACAGACACUUCCAGCUGAAAUUAAUUCUGACUACUCAACAGGCUCUGGAAAGGAUACAAAUACCAAAUUACUGACUUCAGAACUAGUCGGUUAAGUUUUCCGCGAGGGUAUCGGUGACUCUACUCAAAGGAGUCAGAACAGUAUUUUGGUUUUUGUUUAGCAGCAAUACUUCUCAGAACGGCUGAUCUCACGUGUCCUGCAUUGAUUGAUAGGAUUAAUUAGUCUUUAGUACGCAGGCGUCAAUACUUAGAGUGGAGACCUUUUGACGGGGUGCAGUGUCUGGAUCGACCGCCCAAGCACUUGUCUUCUUAAAACCAAACCAGUGAAUCGUUCCGACAUGGACUUCAUAAAGAGUUCUCAGUCUCUCUUCUGCACUCGGUCUUCCAGCAGGGAUUCGUUUUCCAUCAAGAAUAUUUUGAACCUUCGAGAUGAAAGAGACAUGGUAGAGUUUCCUCGAUUUUCAAGUGAAGGUCUAGAAAAUGGAAAAUGUUCGAUGACGAAACCCAUUGUGGCUCCAACGCCUUAUGCUGUGAGCUCGCCGCCAUUGCUGUACCCUUGUGCUUGCUUAGGCCUACCACUGUAUGGCCCUUUAAACUGGCCAACGAUUGCUACAGGGCAGGACAUUCCCUCCUGGGUCUCCAACUCGCGCUUUACACCGGGGCAUGAAUUCUUCGCUAGUUUUGCGCCAUACAACGUGAAUCUCCGAAGACGAAGACGACUUCCAAGAAAGAAGAAGCAACGGCCAUUGUUUUCACAACAACAAGUCCAAACAAUGGAAGACGAGUUCACCAAGCAUCGCUACAUCAACGAAAGCAAACGUGCUGAGCUGUCCUCAGAGUUAGGCCUGACAGAAACCCAAGUAAAAACAUGGUUCCAAAAUAGACGAACAAAGUGGAGAAAAGAAAUAAAGGACGAAGUGGCGACAACAGUGGCCCAAGCAAACAAACAUGAAAUCACUAGAAAGUUUGUCAGGUAAACGUUCUUCAGAUGAUGAAUCGUUCUUAGAGUCUCCAAGUCCUAAAAUCAAUGCAUUUGAUCAGUGUUUGCUAGAAGAGUGGCGCUUUAGAGCCUGUCCUUGACCAGCUGCCAGACAAAGUACCUUAACAGACUUAAACAUGACUAACCAAACAGCCUACGUUUAAAGUCAGUAAAAAAGCACGAAAUGAUGUGCGAUCCGGCUAAUGUACUGAAUUUUCAAUGGCCAGCAAAUCCUAAGCAGAUCUGAAAUUGUUACUCUCAGUCGUCUGAGCCGUUUUUAAUUCGAUGUUGUACUAAAAGUUAUCUUAACAACUCUGCCCUAAAGUUGGAUGCUAAUCUACGUUUCUGUAUAAUUCCCAGUGAGACUGCAGUCUGCUGGUUGCGAAAAUAACUUACCGAUUUUAUUCAACUGUGUAUAACCUCAGUGAAGCAAGUAAUGAGUUGUACAUUAAGUUACUGUUUAUAGUCACGAAACCAUUCCAUUUAAAUAAGUUUUCACAGUUUCCUGUUGUAGUUGUAACUAUAUUACAAAACAGUUGAUGUGAUUUGUCAGAAUUUGAAUAACGUGCAAGAGUGCAUGAAUGUCAAAAAAUUCUCUAAAUGUCGAGUUUGUUUUUCUGAUGUAUAUUGUGAAGAAACAUUUUAUACGAGAAGCAUGAAUUAAGAAAAUUCAGCACAAACAGAAGCUACGCUGUACUGUAUAUCACCGAGGGAACCGAUCGCCGGUCGAUUUAGUUCUCUAAGGCAUGUUGUAAUGAUCUACUCUCCCAGGCUGUACAUUGAAUUUCCAAGUAAAUAAAAUGUGUUGGAAAGCUUG